UAAAUUUUUUGUUUGGUGAUUUAGUAAUUUGGUGUUUUUUAUUUACGUCAUGUUGGCACUAGUAAAAUGACAAAAAUAUUUAUCGAACAGUUAAACGAUGGAUUUUAAUAAAAAGACAGUAUUUUUUCGGUUAAUUAUCGUGAGUUACGUUUUUGUGAGCGGAAAUGGAAUUCGAACAAAAGACAAGAUGUACGAGAACAUCGACGCUUCCAAGGCUUGUUUCCGCCGCUUGAACGCCACCCAUCAAAUCGGCUGCACAUCGGAAAGGGGCGGUUCGACUGGCGCCAUCCACUUCUGCGCCUCCCAAACCGACCUGGACUUCAUCCUCAAGAACGGCACUGCGCCCCCUUACGUCCCCAUCAUCCCCACUCGACUCUUCACAUCCGCCAACAUCGCCCGUAUGAAAAAAUCCCCGAAAAUCUCCGGCUUGCUCGUCCACGCCACGGAGGAGCCCCUCGAGCACUUCACCCACGAGCAACAGUGCCCCAACCCCGCCUCGAGCCUCCCUGGCAGCUGCAAAGCGGAGAACGUGUGGAACCCCCACGGGACUGGUCUCCUAUACCACGACAUCCCCUUUCCGGUGUUUUACGUCGAGAGCCCCGAAAGUCUCACAUUCGCGAAGGAGUGCUUCGAGAAACAUAACAAUUUUUCGUUCGGGACACAGCGAGACAGGUCUUUAUGUUCCUUGCAGUUGAUUUCGUUCAUGUACGCGGCCACAAACAGCUCGACUUGCAUUCGGAGGUCAAAUGCGGUCACUAAUUUGAAUCCGGUUCGGUUUUGUGACCCUUUAGGCGACCAGAAUGUCUGGGCGGCGCUGCACCCCCUUGUCAAAGGGGCGAAUUUAACCGAACCGAUCCGCGAUUUGAAAUACAUCAUCGUGGGGGCGCGACUAGACACGACUUCGAUGUUUGAUAAGACUUCGGGGGCUAUUUCGCCCGUCACGGGGCUAGUCACACUACUCGCAACAGCGAAAUUACUUAAAAAUAUCUUACCAAAGAGUGACAAUUACGAUAAAAACGUACUUUUUGUGGUUUUUAACGGAGAAAGUUAUGAUUAUAUUGGGUCACAACGGUUCGUUUAUGAGCUUUUAAAGGGGCAUUUUCCGGCCAAAUCGGGCGAGUACCUCCCUGAAAUCACAAUAAAUGACAUUGAUUUAUUCGUUGAAUUGAGUCAGUUGAAUUGGACUGAGACAGUGGUGGCGCAUUAUUAUAAUGGGGCCAAACCGAGUGAUUUUCUCUUAAAAUUGCACGCGAAUAAAGGGGGGCUCAAUCUUGAUGAUUCGAGCGACGGUUUGCCCCCAGGAUCGCUUCAUACAUUCCUCAAAAACAAAACUGAUCUUUUUGGUUUAAUCUUAACCGAUCAUAAAAACCACUAUUUAAACAAUUUUUAUAAUUCGAUUUACGACAAUGCGACUAAUUUGAAUUACGUUUAUUUGAAUUUAACGAAAAAUAGUGAGAGUGUCAGUGAUAAUAUUCAAAAACAUAUCCAAAAUGUCUCCACAAUGCUUGCGAAAAGUCUCUAUAGUGAAAUCACCUCAAAGUCUUAUUUCGGUGAUAAAAUCGCUGAUUUGCAAUUUAUCGAUGAGUUGUUUUAUUGUUAUCUCGAAAAUUCCAACUGUAGGGUGCAUCAAGCGGUUCAGAAAUUGGAGUUGAGGAAGGAGCCCCUUUCGUUGUACAUUGGGGUGGAAUUGGCUCCGCAUUUUAUCACAACGCUGGUGGGGUUGACUUUAGGGUGGGUCACAGGGGAUCUCAUGGGGGAGGCGAAUGCGAACUGCACCAACGAGCCCAGGAAUUAUGCUUUGCGUUAUUACAACAUGUCUCAGAGUCUCGAUGAUCUCAAUACGACCCUGUGCUAUCGCAUUACGAUGAAUUUCACUGAAGCUGUAAGCCCCGCGUUUAUAAUCGAUGAUUAUGAUUGGUCUUCGGGAGAGUACAGUACUUGGACUGAAUCGACUUGGGGCGACAUUAAAUUACGAAUUUUCCUUAAACCGUCCGCUGCUCACGAAAAUAUGACCAUAGCAAUUGGAUCUAUAGUAUUUAUUUUUUCGUUGCUUUUCGUCUAUUUCGUAAAAUCAAGGUCGCAUAUUUUGUUCACGCCACAACUACCAACACUAGCCCCGACUAAUUGUUAAUUUGUGAUAUAACUUAUUCUUUUUUAAUAAAGUAAUUUAAUUCG